AUGCGUUAUCUGACCCUGAAACCUAGGUUGCAGCGGUUGUAUAUGUUGUCGCAUACUGCCACAGACAUGAGAUGGCAUAAAGAAAAACGGGUAGAUGACGAUGUGAUGCGACAUCCUGCAGAUGGGGAGGCAUGGAAAGAGUUCGAUCGAACGUUCCUCAAGUUUGCUGCUGAUUCUCGUAACGUUAGAUUGGGACUUGCCACUGACGGAUUUAAUCCGUUUGGGGUUUUAAACCAACACCACAGUACUUGGCCGAUUUUCGUAUUUCCGUAUAAUUUGCCACCAUGGAAAUGUAUGAAAAAAGAAUACAUGAUGAGGACUUUAUUGAUAACUGAGGAUCCUGGUAGGUUAAUCGAUAUAUACUUACGGCCGUUGGUGGAUGAGCUAAAAGAUUUAUGGACACACGGUGUGCGCACAUACGAUAAAUGUACUGGCAAGAUGUUCACUUUGCGGGCUGCAGUGAUGUGGACUGUGAACGAUUUCUUUACAUAUGUAAUGGUUUCCGAGUGGAGCACUAGGGGUUAUAUGGCAUGCCCUGUAUGCAAGGAAGACGUAACAUCUAGUUGGCACGCUGGAAAAGUUUGUUACCUUGGUCAUCGAAGAUGGUUGCCUUGGGACCACGAGUGGCGAGAGAAGGAUAAAGAGUUUGACGGGGAGAGAGAGCAUCGCCUCAGACCCAGAGAAUGGUCCGGUGCUCAAAUUUUGAAACAGCUUAACCGUUUGGAUUUUGCUCCUUUCGGGACCAAUGUCACUAGGACAAGACAUGCUACACACAUGAACUGGACGCACAAGUCUAUGUUUUUUAAGCUCCCGUAUUGGUCUAAACUAAAAUUCAGACACAACCUCGAUGUUAUGCAUGUUGAGAAAAAUGUAUUUGACACAUUGGUCGGCACAAUUCUAGACAUUGAAUGCGAGAUAAAGGACACGAUCAAAGCUCAUCUUGAUUUGGAACGAAUGGGAAUGCGAUGGGGUUUAUGGAUGAAUAGGGACAAUGAUAAAGCUAGAAGGGAUCUUGCAUUUUUUUCAAUGAAACCGAAUGACAAGAAAGAAUUUUUAAAGUUUUUAUCGUCUGUAAAGUUUCCCGAUGGGUAUGCUUCAAAUAUCGCGCGUUGCGUGAACGUUGACGGGGGUAAAUUAGCUGGCUUAAAGAGUUAUGACUGCCAUGUGGUUCUGCAACACCUACUUCCUGUGGGUAUUCGACAUCUCUUGCCACCUGAUGUAGUGAAACCAAUCAUGUUGUUGUCCAGUUUUUUUUCGCAAUUGACGUCAAGAACAUUACGAAGAAUGGACAUUAAUCAGUUGCGCCAUGACAUUGUGCAAAUUCUAUGCAAGUUUGAGAUGAUAUUUCCUCUAGCCUUCUUCACAAGUAUGAUACACGUGAUGGUUCACUUACUAGAGGAGGCAUUGCUUGCUGGACCAGUCAACUUUCAAUGGAUGUAUAUAAUAGAAAGGCUUCUCAGAGACUUGAAGAAAAGUGUACGAAACAAAGCGAAGCCCGAAGGAUCCAUUAUACAAGCUUGGGUGUCAUACGAGGCACUGACAUUUUGUGGAAUGUAUGUAAAAGACGUUGAGACAACUUUCAAUCGUCCUUCUCGCAAUAAUGACAGGGGUGUGAGAAAGGAGAAACUUUCAGUUUUUGCCCAGGUCUCUCGACCAUUCGGAGAUCCGAUUUGUGGAGAGUCGUUUUCCAAGAAGGACAUGGAUGUAGCACAUUGGUUCGUACUCAAAAAUUGUGACGAGACACUAUCACACUUAGACGAGCAUGAAAAUAUGAUGAAGCAGACACAUCCUUCACAUUUGUAUGCCAAGAAACACCGUGAAUUGUUUCCGCAGUUGUUUCUCGAAUAUGUAAACCAAUUGAAAGCAUCGAAUUCCCCUGUGUACAGUGAAGAGUUAUAUAACUUAGCGUUCGGACCAAUUCGCGUUGAAUUGCAUGGAAGUGUGAAAACAGAUCAUGGAUUACUAUCAGUGAACACUACCAAAACUUGGUACGAUGAUGACCCUUACAUAUUAGCAACCAUGGCAAAACAAAUUGUGUAUCUUGAUGGCCUUAAAUCCGGGAAGGGUUGGAAAGUUGUUCAGAAGAUGGAUCAUAGGAACGUGUAUGCUAUACCAGAAAAAGAUCGUACUGACGACGACAUUAACAAUGUUGCUGACCAACGUCUUGAAUCUUUCAUGGAAAGUGGUGCGGAAACACUUCGAGAUACUAAUCUUAUCCAAGAACCAUUUCAGAUAGAUGGAGUAUCUUCAAUCGAAAUACCGAUUCAGUCCAUCACGAUUGACCUCGGUAAUAUUCCACGAUACGAUGGUCCAGUACGCACGAACAACGAUGGUGACGUACCUAUCGAUGAUAAGGAAUGA